UAUUGCUACAGCUGUCUCUGGUUUCAGUAAAUACACUACUGCUAAGAUGUGGAGCUGCAUGGCUGCCAGGGGAACAUGAGCUGUCCUUUAACUAUAGGCAGACAUUAGGACCCAGGGGAGGCUGGGCUCUAGUAGGGAGACAGUGGAGUGUGUGUCUAUUUGAAAGCAAAAAACAAACACAAUACAAUGUGUGCCUGUCACUGCCAUACACAGCACAGGACAGGAAUAAGAGUGUUACUGGAAGAGGGGUGAGAAGAGAGGGGAAGCAUCAUGUACCAUCAAAAAACAUCAUGGAACCAGUUCUUCUUCAACUGGAGAUAACAAUGGUGAUGCAUCUGGACCUCUGGAGGAGCCUCUAUACUGAAUGACUAAACCUCACACACUGAAUGAUCUGGAUUUGAUGAAUUUUCAGCUGGAAGACUGAUUUUUUUUUUCUUCUGGAAAAUACAUUAAUCAAGCUGGGUUUGGCCCAGUGUACCAAACAAAAAGUGGGAAUUUAACAGUAGCUUUGUGAAGUCAAACACCUGGUCAACCUGUUAAGUGUGAAUUGAAACACACAAACACAGAGUGAAUCAUGGGACAUCCAAAUAUGGCGACAUCAGAGAUGGAAGCGGAGGUUGUGAAUAAAUGAUGGCCGCCAACACCGGUCUGAUGAUAGCCGCUGUGCCACAUCACUCAGUGACAAAUCUAAACAACACCCAAACGGAGCCCAAUCCUACGGUCCCUGCUGACCUGGGCGUCGUCACCAGCUCCCAGUCACAGAUCAAAGACCUUUUCGGGUUGUUCUGCAUGGUGACCCUUAACCUCAUUGCUUUGUUGGCCAACACUGGAGUGAUGGUGGCCAUCGCUCGUGCUCCUCACCUGAAGAGGUUUGCUUUCGUGUGUCACCUUUGCGCAGUGGACCUGCUGUGUGCCAUCCUCCUCAUGCCCUUGGGUAUCAUAUCCAGUUCGGCGUUCUUUGGCACCGUGGUGUUUACAGUCCUGGAGUGUCAGGUUUACAUUUUUCUCAAUGUUUUCCUCAUCUGUCUCUCCAUUCUCACCAUCACAGCCAUCAGUGUGGAGCGUUACUUUUAUAUCGUACACCCCAUGCGUUAUGAAGUCAAGAUGACCAUUAACCUCGCUAUUGGUGUCAUGCUCCUGAUCUGGGUGAAGUCAGUCCUCUUAGCUAUGGUCCCACUUUUCGGAUGGCCAGCUUAUGGACCUCAGAGCUCUAUUGCCGCAGCUCACUGCUCUCUCCACGCGAGCCACAGUCGUCUAAGAAGUGUAUUUUCUGUGCUCUUUAGUGUGGCUUGUUUUCUGUUUCCUGCAGUAGUUAUUUUUGGUGUUUAUGGUGCCGUGUACAAGGUAGCUCGCUCCGCAGCCCUGCAGCAAGUCCCUGCUGUGCCGGCGUGGGCAAAUGCAAGCCUUGCUAAAAAUCGCUCAGACUCCAUCAACAGCCAGACCACCAUGAUCACCACCACACGCUCCCUGCCCCAAAGACUGUCUCCUGAGAGGGCCUUCAGUGGAGGAAAGGCUGCCCUAACAUUGGUAUUAAUUGUUGGACAGUUCUUUGUUUGUUGGUUACCCUACUUCAUCUUCCACAUGCAAAUGUCUCUGACUGGCUCCAUGAAAAGCCCUGGGGACUUGGAGGAGGCAGUCACAUGGCUGGCCUAUUCCUCUUUUGCCAUCAACCCGUUCUUUUACGGCCUCUUGAACAGGCAGAUCAGAGAAGAGCUAGUUAAGUUCCGACGUUGCUGCUUGACCCAGCCGGCAGAUUUUGGGACAUCUAGCCACGAAGGCUCCCUUCAGGAGAAUUUCCUCCAGUUCAUCCAGAGAACCAGCAGCAGCAAAGCUGAAACCCCGUCCAGCUGUGCCACCUCAAACCCCGGAAACACUACGGACCAGGGGGUUAAGAUCCCUGGACAAAUUCCUGAAGAGCAGGCUUAGACAUUGACCAACAUGGGUGAUGGACCACAGUGCUAAUAUAAAGGACAUGUUGUUUUUUAUGUAAGCAGGACAUUUUCAUAUUGGAUAGCUUCAUAAUCUAAGAAAUGUAAGAUGAUGUAAACGUUGAAAUGAUUAUUGAUCACUGGAAUACCUUCUCCUAUCCAUUCUGGCAACAAUGAGGUCAUUUCUUCAAUAAUUUUAUAUUUAAUGAUCCAAAUAAAGAACUCAUAUUUCAUGAGUGACUGGAGUUGGUCUCAUAUUGCAUCAUAUGCAAUGUGACCCUUGCACAAGAAUCCAUUGAUAUUUGUAUUAAAAUGAUCCCUUCUUUUAACUGAAGUGAUGGAGGUCAACAUUCCAAGUCAUUGUUUGUUGCAAAAACUUGAUUUGUCUGCUGAAGCCAUUACAUCCAGUUAAUAUUAAUGGUAUUUCUUAAAUAAUAUAUAUCCAUAAAGUUUUUAGAAAGGCGUAGAAUAAAAGUAUUGCUUUGCCUGAAAUAAAAAAUAUUAAGAUUGUUAAUCGAUUAUUUUAAACAUGUUGUCAGGUCCAAAAUGUAUGUUUUGUUUCUUUUCAUUCUACAAUUCAGGGAGGCUUUUUUUCAUUUUAGGUCAAUGUGCUAUGAUUUUACUGAAACAUGAACUAUUGAAAUAGACAUGAUCCCCUGUGCUUAUUUUCUAAUUGUAUUUCAAUUAGCCUGGUUUUAUUGAUGUUUUGAUAAAGGUUAUUUAUGAAAAUCUGGAGUGUAACCAAAAUAACAAGGUUAUAAUUGAAGGGAUAUUAAAAUGAUUUAUUGCCUUUAACUGGGAACAAUUUGUAUUCCAUAUGAACAUGGGUUGCUUCCACUGCAUCCUUGUUUUUGUGUCAAAAACAAACAUGUAUAUUCAAAUGUUAUAGAGUCACCAUGACAAACCAAGACUAGAAACUAACAUAGGUAAAUGUUGGAUGUAAAUGAAGUAUUGCUAACACGAAGGCUUCUGCAGUGUGGCACGCUCUCAUGAAUCUGAGGGACAAUACCCAGAGUUCCUGCGCGCAACAGAUAUGCUGAUUGGCAGCGAUUGUCAUUCGCCCCUGUCGUCAUGGAAAUUAAGUGAGCCUGUGACUCACAUAGCAACGAGCACCUUUAGGCUGGAAAUAUGCUUAUGGAUGUAUAGCUCUGAAUCCUGAUUGGAGUCUGUCCGCCAAUUUAUGGCUUUCGCCUGCUUUUCACAUGCAGACAGAUUACACAGAGCUCAUAGGUUCAGAGAGAGAUCAUUAACAUGUGAAUAGAGGCUGAGACCAAGGUUUCCAAGUCCCUGCAAAUAUGAACUGCUAAAAUAUGGACAUGGGAACGUGGCAAAGAUAGUGAAUUUACAAUGGAAAUCACUAUCGUGGAUUGAUAAUGCUCUGAGAGUGGUAACAAAGUGCUGUUUUAUGGCCUCUACUGUUUGUAUUAGCUUUUCACUACCAUCGGUCAUGACGAAAAAGUGUGGAUAAGCAAAUAAUGGUAUACACCGCUCUUACAUAACUGUGGUUGUGUGCUUAAUACUGAGAGGUGAAAACUGGAAUAUAUUUGUAUACAUAAACAA